GCGAGGAUCGGUGUCAGGGCUUUUCCUGGUGCCCUCCGACCUGGCAGCGCGACGGGCGCCAUGAGCUUUGCGCGCGGAGCGGCCAGGGCGAGCUGGAGCGGCCCGGGGCCGACGGCGACGAAGGGCGGCGAGGGACGGGCCGGGGCGGCUCCAGGCCGUCAGCGGCUGCGGGCGAGCUGGAGCAGCGCGGGGCCAGCGGCCGGAGCGGCACAGGCCUCGAGGCGGGCUGGAGCCGUGGCAGCAAAGGGAUGCGGCAGUCGAGCCGACCAUGGCGACGGCGUGAGCUCUACCCGCCCAGCGGUGACGUCGCGCAGUCGCGCCAACCACGGCGACGGCACGGGCUCCACCCGCGCAUCGGUGGCGUCGGGUGCAGCUACGCCCGCCCCUCUUGUCGAGAGGAGGCCCUCCAUGUUCGACGAGAUCGUCAUCGGGGACACGGCUGAGGGCCAGCGCUACAGGUGGCUGAACGAGUUUCUAGGCUGCCCCAGAGACGGGUGCCUGGGCUGGGAGCUCUUUGUGGAGGUCAUGCGCGUGCUGCUGGGCGAGCGCAUCUCCGAUGCGGACCUGCGGCAGGAGUGGGAGGACGCGGAGGGCCCCGGCAUGACGGUGAGCCGGCUGUACACGCUCCUCGUCUCCCCGGACCACUACCACGUCCCCGAUGCCCUGGACGAGCUGUCAGAGUUGGCCCGGCUGUCCGAAGAGGAGCGGAUCAGAGCCGAGGGCGAGUUGGAGCGGCUCAGGGCCGAGUGCGCGCGGCAGAGCUCGGACUUGCAGCAGCUGCGCGGGCCAUCGGACCGCAGCGGUGGCGACGCGGACGCUGACGGAGAUCCAUCUCGGGAGCAGUUGAGGGCAGCCGAGGCCGAGGCAGAUUCGCUGAGACGGCGCUUGACGGCCCUGGCGGAAGAGCAUGCGAAGAGUUUGGAGUUGGCAGAGCGCAGCUUGGAACUGGCGGAGCGCACAAAGAUGGAGCUACAGGCGGCCAAGGGCGAGGUGUCCAUGCUUCAGCAGCGCUUGGCGGCCCAGGCUCAGCUGCAGCCGAUCCACAGCAGGUCGAGCAGUCCCGCUGCGGCGGAGCGCGAACGUACUUUUGCCAUUGGCGACGAGGUAUGGGUCUUCGAGACUGGCAACUACCACGAAGCCACAGUGAAGGAGGUACAUGCUGACGGGUCAUACACAGUGGAACAUCGCGUGACGACAGCCUCGCAGAUGCAGAUCCAGCGCGAGGAAGGGUAA